GACAAGGACAAGAUGAACGCGCUCAUCGCCGAAGGGCACAACGUGAACGAGCGGAACGAGUUCGGGGAGACGCCGCUGCACGUCGCCGGCAUCGCGGGCGACGCUUCCAUCGUCGCAACGCUGAUCGACGCCGGCGCGGAUGUAAACGCGAGGACGAAAGGCGGGGACUCGCUGAAGAUGACGCCGACGCACUGGAUGGUGUACGGCCGACACGUCGACGGUUUAAAAGCGCUCAUCGUCGGCGGCGCGGACGUGAACUUGCUGAACACGGAAGGGAAGACGCCG